AUGGAGCAAGUCCACGGCGUCGACGUUAGCUGGAUGACCAAGGCGUCGCCAAAAGACAAAGCGAACAAACCGUCCACCUCGCCUCCAAAGGCGUCAUCAUCGGCUCCAGCGCAACCGCGAAAUGUUCCCACGCCGUCGCAAGAUGCUCGCAAUCCCCAAGGGACCCCUGUCGCAAAGGGAACGGGUACGCCUCUACAGCAGAAUGGGCAGCCUACUCCCAGCCCUACAAAUUCCACCGCUGCGUCAAAACGAACAUCACGAUCCGGCUCAAUAGACAAUAAAUCGGGGCCGAAUGGACCUCCCCUUCAGCGACGCAACUCAUGGUUCUCAAACAUCAUUCCUGCCAAAUUCUCUAGCUCCGCUACGUCGCCACCGAGCAAUACGGCGGCCCAUCACCAUUCUCUGCAUCAUCUUCACCACAAAGAGUCACAGCAGCAGACUGAAUAUCAAGCAUCACCAUCUCCAGCACCACCUCAGUCAUCCCAUACCUCGCCGUCUUCCGAUGAUACCCUUGAGUCGAUCCCACUGCCACCAAAGCUGAAUCCUACCAGAAAUGCUGUUCUGCAACAUGCCGCCGCGAAACCGGAAGGUAACAGCCCAUACACUCCAGCCCCGCCCAAGACCAGCCAAGCUGGCUUUCUUGGGGUCUUUCGACGUCUGUCCUCGUCAGGCAGCACCAGCAUGGUGAAUGGAAAGCUUGGAAAUGGCCUGGUCGAACGCAAGGUACUGAAUAUCGAUCAAAACCGCGAAAGAUGCAAUAUAUCGGAGCUGAAGGAUGCCAAGCUUAGACGGGUUUCAUUUUGCGUAGACGUGGAGAUUGCUCCCAUGCCAAAGUAUGCCGAUGGGGAGACUCGGGGAGCAAAACCGCUAGACAAGGCACAAAAGAAGAAACUCACAGAACAAGGCGAAGGAGCUGCGCUUAAGAACCCUCAGGCAGUUGAAGCCAACAAGGAGGCCGAGGAGGCUGCCAGACGGACCAACGGAAAUGGCAGCUCCAAACCCGACACGAACCACCCUAACAACGAAGGUAGAACACACGAUGGCGCUGCCGACGAAACUCCGUCUGCUGAGCCUGAAAAGGGAAAGGAGGUAUCGAAGAAGAAGGAGAAGAAGAAGAGAAGCGAGGAAGAACGGAAAGCUAGGAAAGAGAAGCGUCGAAAACUCGCCGAAGACAACGGUUCUGUGCCGAUCGAGAUUCACUAUGACAGCACCGACUCAUCAUCAUCAGAUACUCACAGCGGCGACACAACUCCAAAGUCGUCGUCUGAUCCAACCACAAAUCCUGCCAGGAUAUAUCGUCGUUGUUGUCAGCUGCGCGAAACUCCGAUUCUCAAGAAGAUCACGGAGCAAUUGAUGGACAAGGCCAACUCCAACUUCUCCGCUGGCACAGUCAACAAAUUGGACCUGACGGACUACUUUCUUCAGCUUCCAGACCUAAUCACGCUUGGGGACUAUCUCGCGGUGGUUCCCGUCAAGGAGGUCGUUUUGGAGAAUUGUGGCCUGGGCGAUGAGGGCCUUCGCGUGAUUCUUGCUGGUCUACUGGCAGCCAAGAUGCCUCCAACCUCGCGGCGUAAGAAGCCCAAACACGAGCUCGAGGCACGAGGUGGAGUUGUUGAGCGGCUCGUCAUAAAAAAUAAUAAGCUUGGACCUGACGGCUGGAAGCAUAUCUCUCUAUUCAUAUACAAGUGCCGAUCACUGAAGUAUCUCGACAUUUCGCACAUAGCCUUUCCCAGACAGGCGCCGGCUGUCAAGAAUGGCAACCUGCCAAAUGGCGUACAUAUUCCUCGCUCGAUAUCAGAUGUCUUCUCAAAGGCCAUGGCCGAUCGACUAGGUGGUUCAACUCUGGAGAUGGUGAAUAUGGGCGAGACGGAGCCCAGUAUGGAGCAGCUGGGCACAAUCAUGGACGGCAUUAUCAAGUGUGGUGUUCGACGACUGGGCUUGGCACACAACUCUCUGGAUGCAGACGGUAUCAAGCAUGUGGUAAGGUACUUGUCUGGCGGGUUCUGCGAGGGUCUAGAUCUGGGCGGAAACGACAUCAACGAGCACAUCGAGACGUUGGCCGGCUGCUUGGACGAGCACCAUCCCAUCUGGGCGCUGAGCCUGUCCAGCUGUAGUCUGACUCCAUCGAGUCUCGGGAAGCUGUUGCCGGUAAUUGCCAAGCUGAGAGGCUUUCGAUUUAUCGACCUUUCCCACAAUCAAGAACUGUUCCAGACAGAACCCAGUGCCCUUGGCCUCUUGAGAAGAUAUCUCCCCAAGCUGGAAGAUUUAAAACGAAUCCACUUGCAGGACGUCAACAUGAGCCCGGAGCAAGCCAUCGCGCUACUCGAGGUCUUGCCGGAAGCGCGCAACCUGGCACAUAUCAACUUGGUGGGCAAUAGUGAUCUGGUGAGGCUUGCGGACGCCAAGACGGAGGAAGCACAGGAAGAAGCUUGCGCCUUGUAUGCGUCGCUGAUGGCGGCAGCGAGAAUAUCCAGGAGCCUGAUAUGUGUGGACAUUGAAGUGCCGAGUAGAGAAUCGGGAGAGGUUGUCAAGGCCAUGGCGAAGCAGGUGGUGGCGUACUGUCUCCGCAACAUGGAGAGGAUUCCCGACACGAGCAUCAGCACCAUUGCAGCGAGCGCCAUGUCCGAGUCGCAGUCGGAGCUGCGGGAUGCCAAGAUAGCUGCGUACCCCGACGUCAUUGCGCAUCUUGUGGGCCACGACGUGCUGGAGCAAGACGGGGCAGAGGAAGAGCGUGAAGACGCGCCAGACGAAGAUUACGUCAUCGGGGGCACCGGCGUGGUCAAGGCCCUGGCGUUCUGUCUCAAGAACCGAGGCGACGACUCCCAGCGACAGUCGGCAGAGCUGGGCAGGAGCAGGGAGGACGGCAGCGACUCUGGGGCGCUGCCUGGCCUCGCGACUGGCGGCAAGGCCAAGGACAUGUCGAAGCAUCUGCUGGCGGGGGCGAGAAAGAUUCGACAGCGCCUGCAGCCAGCGUUGCACAAGGCCAGGGCCGAGCCGGGCGACGAGGUGAACCUGCGCAAGCUCACGUUCCUAGAUGAAACGCUGCAAGGCAUCAUCAAGAGGUUCGAAGACGAAUUUCCCGACACGCGGGAGGCGUUGCCAGAUGCAGUGGCGAGCAGCGAGCUGCGCAAGGCGUCUUGGACACUGAGCGAGGAGCCACUGCAGGCCGGACCGACGGCAGAAGACUCGGCAGUCGCGGUGUCGGACGGAGAAGAGGAGGCGGAAAUGCAGGCGCCCAAGCCGCUGUCCCGGUCCAAUUCGAUGCUGUCCAGGGAACUAGCGGAGGAGGAAGGACGGAUGCUCCGUGCUGGACACCGUUUCCGGUCCGGAUUCGUGGGCAAGGAGCAAUUCGACCUCAUCAGCACGAUUGACGACAUCGGAUCGGAUCCGAAACACUGUCAAAUGCUGGUGGACCUCGCGGAAGACAUUGGCGGGGAGUUUCUUGAAAAGGUCAAGGAAAAGGGAGCAGUGCGAGCGUUCAAGGAAGACAAGGACGCGCUCUUUGGCAGCAUGAGGGACAGCGAUCCGGAGCACUGGGGACGAUUCGUGGAGGCUCAGCAGAAGGCGCGAGCCAACAUCACGGUGCCCUCGGAAAAGCACGGCGCAGAGGGACGGCAGCUGGCGGACGAGAAUGCGAUUGCGGACUGA